GGUCGGACUCGUAACAAAAGCAAUUGCAACUUUGCCAAAGUCCCCUGCUCGGCCGCCAUUCUCACGCCGCGUUUCUUUAAUGGAGAGCGAGUGCCCAAUCGAUGCUGAGCUCCGCAAUGAAAUCUCUGAGCUUCUUAGACCUCCAUCCCCUGCAAAAGUAGAGGAGUACUUGAACCAGCUCAUUAAAACCAGCACCAGACAAUGCCAUGGCAUCACAGUCAAACACAACGGAGACCUUGGCAAAGGUGUUUACGCUGACUCCGACUUGGAAGGAGAUGAGCUUCUCCUCAAGGACCAAAUGCUUGUGGGUCUUCAGCAUUCUUCUAACAAGAUUGAGUGUUUAGUGUGUAGCUUCUGUUUCCGGUUUGUUGGCUCUGUUGAGCUUCAAAUCGGGAGGAGGCUUUAUCUUCAAGAAAUGGGAGUUUCUGCCAUUUGUUGUCAGACUGAUUACUCUUCUGAUGAAGAAGAAGAGAUGGGGCAACGUGGUUCGAGCAGUUCCGGGGACAAAGGGAAGGUUCCUCUUCCUAAAGGGAUUGCACAGUCUUUGAUGAGUGGUGAACUCAGAUUGCCCUACUCCCAUAAGUUUUCGAUGCCUCCUGCUGUUCCAUGUCCUGGUGGCUGUGGAGAAGCUUAUUACUGCAGCAAACUAUGUGCAGAGUCUGAUUGGAGUUCAUCCCAUUCGUUACUUUGCACGGGGGAGAGGUCAGAAUCAGUCUCUAGGGAGGCACUUGUGAAGUUUAUACAGCAUGCCAAUGAAACCAAUGAUAUAUUCCUCCUUGCUGCGAAGGUAGUGGCUUCCACCAUUUUAAAUUAUAGGAAGUUGAAAGUAACUCGGUCUGAAGGAGACAAUAAGCCUAGCGUUUCAGGGAGUCCAUAUCUAUCCUUACUCUUAGAAGCAUGGAAGCCAAUAUCAGUGGGACACAAGAGAAGGUGGUGGGACUGCGUUGCGUUGCCAAUUGAUGUCGAAUCUUCUGAUGAAGCUGCAUUUAGGAUGCAAAUAAGAGAGCUGGCAUUCACGUCACUACAGCUCCUAAAAGCAGCCAUCUUUGAUGAGGAAUGUAAACCAAUAUUCUCCCUUGAAAUUUAUGGACAUAUAAUUGGCAUGUUCGAGUUGAAUAAUCUAGAUUUGGUUGUAGCAUCUCCUGUGGAAGAUUAUUUUUUAUACAUCGAUGAUCUUCCAGAUCCUAUAAAGAAAGACGUUGAGGAGAUUACACGACCAUUUUUGGAUGCUCUUGGUGAUGACUAUUCAGUUUGUUGCCAAGGCACUGCAUUUUAUCCUCUUCAGAGUUGUAUGAAUCAUUCUUGUAGUCCCAAUGCCAAAGCAUUCAAAAGAGAGGAGGACAGAGAUGGUCAAGCAACAAUAAUUGCACUAAAACCAAUUUUCAAGGGAGAGGAGGUUACUAUUUCUUAUGUGGAUGAGGACAUUCCUUUGGAGGAGAGACAAGCAUUACUUGCAGAUUAUGGUUUUAGAUGCAGGUGUCCAAGAUGCUUAGAAGAAGAACCAUAACCAAUGAGGGGGCCGUUUUGCUUCUCUGUGCAACUUUUAACGCUUGCAAAAGAAUACUAACAUUACUACAGAUGGGUCAUCAAGAAGUUCAUUGCUUGUAUGCAAGCCACUUCCAUUCCAUGACAAUUUUCCUUUUAAUUUGAGAGGGUCUCAUGUUUGAGACCAGAAGCAGUCAAUUUUGCAAUCACAUUAAAAAAACCAUACCUGCAAGUAAAACUUA